UUCUGAUUGGCUAAAGAAACGAUGGUUAUUUCAGCAAUAGCCUGCCAUGGUUGGGAGGAAGAAGCUACUUUCUGUUUCUGUCUUGGUGGUCAUGCUUCCUUGAAGAAGAUGACCAAAGCUUUUUUCAGGAUCACUUUCGUUGAACAUGGGAAAGGCGUCGACCAUGCACGAAAGGAACAGCUGCUGAAGAAUCGAGCGUUUCUGCAAGGCACUCUUCUUCUGCUAGUGGCAGUCAAGGUGUGUAUGCGCUUGAUUGGUAGCAAGUGGAGCUUCAAGAUAAUGGUGAGAUUAGGAGAAAGAGGGUUGGGUGGGUACCCUCCCUUCUUAGCCCGAGGCGUUUACUUCUGGAGCUCUGUAUGGGUGAUGUAUACGUCUGCAUAAGCUUUUUCUGUUUUGUUUUCCUUGACCCUACUGAGUAUGAGCAUGACAUAUGUAUGGACCAUGACAAAAACAUAAGGGAAAAAAAAAUUCAAUUCUGGGGUAGCUAGGUAGCAUAGGAAAUGGAGAUAGUCAGAUAUGCAUGUCUUUGCAAGCUGUGGCUACGAACUAGCUAGAGUUUGAGAUUUUGAGCUACAGAAAUAAGAGCACUGAAAUCCAUGUGCAGGAAAAUUAUUCAGGCAAUCAAUUGUAAUGGAUCAAUCGGGAUUCUCGGGUCAACAUGGUGUGAUUAGCAUAGCGCCAUAGCAUUAAUUAAGAGCAAAAUUUAAUUGGAACAGCAUUAAUGUAUUGUUCAGUAGAAUUGAUUGAGAUUUUUUUUUCUUACAAUGUAUACU